AUGCGCCUUACAAUUGAUUUAAUUAGAAAAGCUCCGCAGUUUAAUAAUGCAAUUCUUCAGCGAGAGAUCGAUCUGCGUGGGUUAUCCAUUUCUUCACUUGAUGAAAAUGUUUUAUUACUACUAGAGAAUCGUUUUGAUGUGGUCAAUCUUACCUCAAACGUGUUGACUACCCUAGAGUUUUUUCCUCUAAGAAGCCUGCAUGGUGCGAAGAAGCCAAUUAUGAAUCGUGUGGUGACGUUGAUUGCCCAUCGAAACAAAAUUCGGAAGGUUAGCGUUGGCUCUUGCGUGAUGGCGCUGCCCAACGUCCGCCAUUUUCUUGCCGAUCGCAACAACUUUAGUGCAGUGAGAGAUUUAUACUUUUUGCGCUUUUGGCAGCAGCUGGAGAUUGUUUCGUUGGAGGCGAAUCCAGUAUUAGAUCGAAACACGGAAAACUACGACAAGCGGAAAAUAAGAUUGUUUGUGCUUUUCCUUUGUCCACGUCUGAAACUCAUUAAUUAUUCACGCGUGACGCAGGAGGAUCAUCGAGAAUGUGAGGGGAAUCGGAAGGAGUUCAAAGCCCUUGUGGCCCAAUGGGAGCGGGAAUUGAAUGGAACAGCCACUGACUUUGAGAGGGGCAAGAAAAUCCGAAAGAGGGGAAGGGAGAUGCGAGACGUCAAUGCGGGUGGUGUGGGUGCUCCUAUUAAUACCAACGAUUCCCUACCAGCGGUGGGCGGCAACCAGACCGACGCCGAAGAAGAUGCAAUGCCGAUUACUACCGCAGAUUCUGGAGUAAAUAGGGAGGAUACUGAGUACGAAACCUUGCAGAGACGUUUGGAGGAGCUAGAGGCUAAGAUUCUCUCCGAGGACACGACGCCGGCAGAGAUUAGUGCCAUGGAACAAGAGUUUAAUGAGAUCACGAUGGAGGUUGAGCGAUCCAAGAAACGUCGUAAAAGCUAA